AUGUAACUGACUGAUCUGAAUUACAGUUUCAGUUCUUGAAAUUAUUAUAUGAAUAAGCAUCUUGUUUCCGUUGUCUUACGUUAUUUUGUCUAGAAAAAAAUAUAUCGCUUUUGGUCAUCAAAGACGUCCACAGCUUGUUUAUAUUUUGCAAUCGAAAUAAAAUGUUAAAUUCAUUUUUUCGGGGACUGCUUGGUGGUGAGGAGCUACCAACGAAAGUGCUAGAAGUAAGAUCCGACAACUACCUUUUUAGACCCAUUCAUUAUAGAAAGGAUUCCAUGAUAUUAUAUGCACCAAAGAUUCCAAGUGAAAAAAAUGCAAAAGACAAGUAUUAUGAAAUUGUAUUACAGAAACCCUUCACGGAAACUCUACACCAAAUGUACAGUUUAUUCCGUUCAGAAAGUCAAGAAAUAUCUGAAGAGAGAUUCAGGAUAUAUGAAGAGAAAAUACCAUUAUAUAUUGAAAUAACUAAAGAGUGCACAGUACCAACUUUACAGAAACUUUGUGACAUUCUAUCAGAACACCAAGCGUGGACAAUAGCACAUAUAAUAGCCCAUUUUGGUUUAUAUGAGCUAUUCAAUGUUCCAGAGGUACAAAGAUGUAUUGACGCUGUUGAUCCACAUACGGGAGCCACUCCUUUGAUGGUGGCCGUGAAGUCGUCCAAUGUGCGCAUGGUCCAAAGCCUUAUAUCCUUGAAGUGCUCGUUAAACACAGUCGACAAUGACGGCAACACAGUAUACCACUAUGCCGCAGCCAGUAACAGAGAAAUUAUCAAUGCGCUGUCGGCAGCCAAGGCGACGUCACUGGACGUGUACAACAAGCAGGGCUACACGCCGCUACAUAUGGCAUGUCUGGCCGAUGCGCCGGAGUGUGUCCGCGCGCUGCUGCUUGCAGGCGCCGACGUCAACCUGUGUGCGGCGCGUCGCACCACCAGCACGCUGCCCGGUAUUGUCGGUGACUUAUUACAAGACAACCAACUAAAAUUAUAUCAACAGGAUAUGAAACACGGUGGCAACCCACUUCACUGGGCGAUAUCCAGAGAAGUUAUAGAAGCGCUUGCCGACAAGAAUUGCGAUAUAAAUGCAAUAAACUUCGACGGGCGAACGGCCUUACACAUUAUGGUGUUACGAGGGCGACUCGAAUGCGCUGUAGCGUUACUAUCAAGAGGCGCUGAGCAUUCUAUAGGUGAUAAUGAAGGGAACACACCUUUGCAUUUGGCUGUGAAACAAACGAAUAUAUCUAUCGUGCAAGCUCUGAUCGUGUUUGGGGCGAACUUGGAGGCGAGAAACCAUGAAGGUUUCACAGCAAGACAUUGUGUGUCGGCAUCAGUUGGGGUGACGAGCAAUGUUUAUGAUAAGAUAUUGUAUAUUCUACAUGCGGUAGGUGCUAAAAGAUGUGCGCCUGACGUAUCAGGCUGCCGUCCGGGUUGCUUGCCGCGCGGGGAGUACAACGGUGUACCACCGCUAGCGGUCGCCCGCCCGGCCCAACGGAAAGCUAUCAACGACAUGCUCGCCGUUGCAGCCGUCAUGCGUGCCGCCGCGCAGGACGACGACAAACGCGGCCGACUCCUCUGUCUAGACGGUGGUGGCAUCAGAGGUCUAGUUCUCAUACAAACAUUAAUAAAUCUGGAAGAGGCAGUUGGGCGACCGAUCGUCGAUUGUUUUGAUUGGAUCGGUGGAACCAGUACCGGAGGGAUCCUAGCAUUGGCGCUAUCCUGUGGGAAGUCAUUGAGGGAAUGCCAAAGAUUGUAUUUUAGACUAAAAGAACAAGCCUUUGUUGGCAUGCGGCCGUACCCUUCAGAGACAUUGGAAAAUAUGCUUAAAGAAUAUUUAGGUGCAGAGACAGUAAUGGCUGAUAUAAAACGACCUAAACUGUGUAUAUUAGCAGUACUAGCGGACAGGAAACCCGUUGAUCUUCAUAUAUUCAGGAACUAUCAGUCGGCACAGGAAAUACUUGACGAGCAUAAUGGCACAUUGAGUCCCCGCGCGGAGGCCGGAGACCAGGUGUCGGUGGUGUCGCUGCCGCCGCCGCCGCCGCCCGCCGAGCAGCUCGUGUGGCAGGCGGCGCGGGCAUCCGGCGCCGCGCCUUCCUACUUCCGUGCUUCCGGCAGAUAUUUAGAUGGUGGAUUAAUGGGAAAUAAUCCCACGUUGGACGUGUUAACUGAGUUGAUAGAAUUGAACCAGGCGCUUACCGCGACCGGACAACACGAGGCAGCUAAAGAAACCAACCUAAAAGUAGUCGUGUCUUGUGGAACAGGUUCAAUACCAGUCACAAAGAUAAAGGACUUCGACGUGUUUAAACCGGAGAGUUUAUGGGAUACGGCGAGACUAGCUUGGGGAAUCUCCGCAAUCGGAAGCCUGCUGGUUGAUCAGGCGACGCAGGCGGACGGGCGCGUGGUGGAGCGCGCGCGCGCGUGGUGCAGCAGCGUGGGCGCGCGCUACUUCCGCUUCUCGCCGCAGCUGUCGCACGACGUGGCCAUGGACGAGCGCGGCGACGAGCGCCUGCUCACCAUGCUGUGGGAGGCGCAGGCCGCCGUGCGCGAGCACCGCGACGAGGUGCUCGACCUCGCCGCCCUCCUGCGCGCAGAUACGUCAUGAAUCUAGUCUAAUACAGGUACCUAGUAAAUUAUUAAUUAACCAAGCAUCACAAGAAAAUGAUCUAUUAUGAUAGUAAUUUUUAUAUAUUGUUAUGAUUAAUAUUUAAUCUAAAAUACAACCAACACGUGAGAGAGUCUCGAUACGAACAAAAAUGUAUUGUAAUUAAAUUGACCAGAGUUUAAUUUCCAACAUUAACAACUUUUAUUAUUUCAAUUUUGACAAAACAUCUAUUGCAUAUCUCUGUUGAGUUUUUUUUUAAUGUUAGCAAAUAAAAGAGGAAUAGGAACUAAUUUCAGAUGUGGUUGAAAAUUGUAAACUAUAUUUUUUUGUAAGGAUCGAUUCUAUAAGGGUGCUGGUCAUCUAACUAAUAAUAAUGAGAAUUCUAUUAAGUCGUGUCUCGUGUAUUAAGCUGUAACUAUUGUUAGGAUUGCGGAUAUCACUUGUUACACUAUUUGUGUCCCGCAACUUUGUCCGUUUGAAAUAUGAUAAAAAGUUAUGUUUUAAUCCAGGAUAUAAUUCUAUA